UGGAUAAAUUAAAUCGGUUCGGUUCAACGUUAAUCGAACCGACCCUUAAUAUAACUGAGAAAGGAAAAUCCAUAGGGUGGUUCCAUUUGAUUUCUCACGCGGCCGGUGGCCACCUGCUCUCCCUCCUUUCCAUGCUGCACAGCGACCGGGAAGUUGUGUUCACCGCAAUAAAGCAGCGCCUCCUCCCUGUCCCUCUACAUCCAGCCACAGUAGAUGCAGCACCGACAAGAAUCAGCUGCUCCUCUCCUUUCUCUCAAUCUCUCUCGUUUUCGUGCCGUCUUCGACGCGUCUCCUCCGCAGCGCCCCUCAUCUCCGAUCAACGUUCCCGCCGUGGCCGCUCAUCUCCGCCGCAUGCCCCCACUGUAUCCAGUUGAUAGGAGUGCCUUGAAUCCAAUUUUCCGAGAGGGAAUUCCGAUGCCUCUGGUUUUCCGUUUCAGUUACAGUCCUCCAAUAUUUGGCAGCUUGCUUCACUUGCAACCGGGAGAUCAACCAGAAUAACGUUAGGUUGUCUCUCACUCUACCGAUAAGCAUCAUUGAUUCUACAAUUGAAGCUGCACAUACUUUGAAUAAGCAAGCCUUUCGACCCCAUGCCAAAAUGCUCAAAACAUCAUUUAAAGCUUCUGAGCAUCGCACUUCGGAAGGCGCCUGGGCUUUCUUUCUAUCCAGUUUCACGGAAGUUUCCAACCUUUUCGCCUUUCUUCUAUUCUACAUCUUUCGCGCUUCCUUCCAACCCAACUCCCCGUAGCAAACCCAAAAAGGACGACACAAACGAGCUCUCAAUAUCAGGUGAAAUAUUCAAAUCCGGCCCCCAGUCGGGCUCUUAUAAAUUGGGGGAUGCGACAUUUUAUAGUCUCAUUGAAAACUAUGCAAGUUCUGGGGAGUUUCGUUUGAUAGAGCAAGUUUUGGAUAGAAUGAAACGUGAAGGGAGGGUCCUCGUGGAAAGGAGCUUUAUCCUAAUCUUCAAGGCUUGUGGGAAAGCCCAUUUACCUCGAGAAGCUGUGAAAUUUUUUGAUAGAAUGUCGAACGAGUUUCACUGCAAGCAGACUGUAAAGUCGUUCAAUUCAGUACUUAACGUAAUUAUUCAAGAGGGAGACUUCUCAUACGCAUUGAAGUUUUAUCUGCACGUUUUCGGUGCCAAUAAGAAGAACUUUCAGCCAAACACACUCACCUAUAAUUUGAUUAUUAAGGCACUCUGUAAGUUAGGACAGAUAGAGAGAGCUAUUGAGACUUUCAGAGAAAUGCCACUCAAGAGCUGCAAUCCUGACGUUUUUACUUAUAGUACAUUAAUGGAUGGGUUGUGUAAGGAGAGGAGAAUAGACGAGGCAGUGUUUCUGCUGGAUGAGAUGCAAAUAGAAGGCUGCCUUCCAAAUCCAGUGACAUUUAAUGUGUUGAUUGAUGCAAUAUGCAAGAAUGGUGACUUGAGUCGUGCAGCAAAGCUUUUGGAUAAUAUGUUUCUCAAAGGUUGUGUUCCAAACGAAGUGACUUAUAAUACCCUUAUCCACGGUUUGUGCUUAAAGGGCAAGUUUGACAAAGCUCUCAGUCUUUUGGAUAAAAUGGUGUCGAGUAAAUGUGUUCCUAAUGAAGUCACUUAUGGAAUAAUCAUUAACGGUCUUGUUAAACAAGGAAGAGCUGAAGAUGGAGCUCAGAUUUUGGUGUCUAUGGAGGAAAGAGGGCAUAAAGCUAAUGAGUAUAUUUACUCGUCCCUCAUAAGUGGUUUGUUUAAGGAGGGAAAGUCUGAAGAUGCUGUGAGGUUGUGGAAAGAAAUGAGUGAGAAGGGAUGCAAACCCAACGUUGUUGUUUAUGGUGCCUUUAUAGAUGGUCUAUGUCGAGAAGGAAAGCCGGAUGAAGCCGAAGAAAUUUUGGAUGAGAUGUUAAUUAAUGGUUGUUUACCAAAUGCCUUCACUUACAGCACCUUAAUGAAUGGUUUCUUUAAGAAAGGUGACAGCCAGAAAGCAAUUCUUGUGUGGAAAGAGACGAUGAAUCAAGAUAGUAGGCACAACGAAGUUUGUUGCAGUAUCCUACUUAAUGGCCUGUGUGAGGAUGGAAAAAUAAGGGAGGCCUUGAUGGUAUGGAAGCACAUGCUCAGCAAAGGACUUAAACCUGAUGUUGUAGCUUAUAGCUCAAUGAUUAAAGGCCUUUGUGAUGCUGGCUAUGUAGACCAGGGCUUGAAGCUUUUCUAUGAGAUGCAAUGUCAGGAGCCCAAAUCCCAACCAGAUGUGAUAACCUAUAAUAUUAUUUUCAAUGCCCUUUGUAAGGAGGGUAAUCUCACCCGUGCCAUCGAUCUUCUAAACGGUAUGCUGGAUAGAGGUUGUGAUCCUGACCUAGCUACAUGCAAUAUCUUUUUGAAAACUUUGAGGGAGGGGAUUAAUCCACCACAAGAUGGAAGGAUGUUUUUAGAUGAGCUCGUGGUUAGGUUACUUAAGCGAGAGAGAAAAUUAUCUGCUUUGAAAAUUAUAGAGGACAUGCUGCUAAGAUAUCUACCACCGGAGGCAUCAACUUGGUCCAGAAUCAUUCAAAGGAUAUGCAAACCAAAGAAGACCCAAGAAGCCAUAGACGAGUGUUGGAGAAGCCUGUAUAGUGAAUGAAUUUAGAGACUGUACUUAGCUAUCCUUUGAGAUGUCCAGUAUAUGGAGCAUGAUGUCUCAGAAGAACACUUUUCUGAGGCCUGAGGUGAGGUGCCUUCUUGACGUCAAAUGCGCUAAUGGAUCAUAUAUUUCAGUCACUUGCGUGCAUAUUUAUUUCUUUGCACAGUAAGCACUGAAAGAAGAUACUGCUGUGGCGUGGUUCAAUUGUGCAAGAGCUGAUGUUAAAAAAUUUUGAGCCAAAGAUAAAUUCCAUCUCGACUUAAAGGAAAUAGAAAUUUCCUUUACCGCUAGAGCAGCAACACCUAGUAGAGCUAUACAGUAUUUCUCUUAAAAAGAAUGAUUCUGUGGUGGAUUGUAGGAACAUUCAAGGAGAUUGGCAUUUAGGCUUCAGAAGAGGUAUCUUGGAUAGAGAAAUGAAUUGUUGUUAAGUUUGGUGGACAAGCUGAACUCUUUUCGGACGGGACAAGGAAAUGACAAGCUGGAAUGGUCCCUUGACAGUGGAAAAUAUCUUCCACCAAUUUUAUGUUCUUGAGACUGUCAGAGACACAAUCAAGGCUAAAAACCCCUCUGAUAAAUUUAAUGUGGAGCUUCAAGUACCCAAAGAAGGUAAAGGUGUUUUUUGGAGUCUGGCCUACAAAAGCUUGAAUGCACUCGAAAAAUUACAGAUAAAACUCAAGAAUUGGUGCAUUUCUCCCUCUGUGUGCUACCUUUGUCUCCGUAAUGCAGAAAGUUUGGACCACUUCCUUUUGCACUGCCCUUAUGCUUCUUAAAUGCAGAAAUUCUUGAUGAAAGAAUUUGGUUUUGUCGUUUGUCUGCCCAGAUUAACGGAGGAUUGGCUUCUUGAAGUUCUUCGGGGUUGGUAUUUGAAAGGGGAAGCAAAAAUUCUUUGGAGUUGUGGAGUCAAAUCUAUUUUUAGGUGCAUCCGGAAACGGGCUUUUAACAAUGAAGCUUGUUCUUUUGUUUUAUUUUGCCAAGAGGGAUUCUUUUUGUACACUUUUACAUAAUAAAACAAAGAAAAAUAAAUGCAUUACAGCCUUCCAAUCAUGGUGUGGCCGAAAGGUGUAACUAGAAUAUCACUUUCCUAGAAAUGGUUAUCUACAGGUCCAUUAGUUUGACCGAAUGAUGGUGUAAAACUUCUAUUGUAGUUUUCUUUAGUUAUAUAGUUUUCCCGUUUCAUAUCUAGAAAUAGAAAAGAGAAAAAAAGUACACACCACAACUCUUAUAAUUCAUCAGAGCUAUCUCAGCAUUAAGUAAACUUUGAUUGUA